GGAGAUCGGUCCUUUCUUUGGCAUGUUUGCUUGGGCCAGGCUGCUGGAGCAGUGGCAGAUGUGAGUGGGGCUUUUUCUUGGCAUUUGCAGAACAUUCUGUGUGGAUGCAAAGGGCACCUUGCCUUCCCAGGACUCUAUCUACUGGUCCUCCCACAGCGCGGACUACCCACACUUCAGAAAUCCAGACGGAAAUGCCAGAUGGAUAAACAGUGAUCUUCCCGGUCACUCCACGGCUUCAUAUGCACGGCUUCAUAUGCGCAGCUCUUUGCUGAAGUGUAAUCCCUGUCCCUGGCCAACUUCACAGAUAACACAGUACCAGUACCAACACAAUGCCUAAACAAGUAGAAGUAAGGAUGCAUGAGAGUCACUUGGAGCCUGUAAACCCGCCCUCUAAACCUAUGAGUAAGGGCAUCUGCCAGAAGAUGUGCAGGAACAUGCUGCUUACGCUUACUAUACUCGGUGUGAUUCUUGGGUCUGUAGCAGGGAUGCUCCUGCGUUACGUUUCACCCCUGCCACCUGAUGUCAUCAUGGUCAUCGCCUUCCCUGGGGACAUCCUUAUGAGGAUGCUGAAAAUGCUUAUCUUGCCACUUAUCAUUUCUAGCUUAAUCACAGGUCUGGCAGGAUUGGAUGCAAAGUCCAGUGGGCGUCUGGGUACCAGGGCUAUGGUGUACUACAUGUCCACCACUAUCAUCGCCGCUGUACUUGGCGUUAUCUUGGUUUUGAUCAUACAUCCGGGAAACCCAAAGCUAAAAGCCGGGCUUGGGGAAGGAGACAAGAAUGAUGAGGUGUCCAGUUUGGAUGCCUUUUUUGACCUGAUUAGGAACCUUUUCCCUGAGAAUCUGGUUCAGGCCUGUUUCCAGCAGAUCCAAACUGUCACAAAGAAAGUGGAGCAGGUUCCUGAUUAUAUAGAGGAGGGGAACGUUACCUUGGGCGACUUCCUCCUGAACAGCACCAUGGCUCCACCAGAACCUGUUUAUGUUAUUAAAAAAUCCUUGCAGUUCAAAAGUGGAAUGAAUGUAUUAGGCGUCAUUGGCUUCUUCAUCGCCUUUGGUAUCUGCAUGGGAAAGAUGGGAGAAAAGGCGAGGUUGAUGAUUGACUUCUUCAAUAUUCUGAAUGAAAUUGUCAUGAGACUUGUCAUUAUGAUCAUGUGGUAUUCCCCUUUGGGUAUCGCGUGUCUGAUUUGUGGGAAGAUAAUUUCAAUCAAGGACCUGGAAGUGGUGGCACGUCAGCUGGGAAUGUACAUGGUCACAGUCAUUGUGGGCCUGAUUAUCCAUGGUGCCAUCUUCCUGCCUCUCAUUUAUUUCACCAUCGUCCGAAAAAACCCUUUCACCUUCUUCAUGGGCAUCUUCCAGGCUUGGAUCACAGCCCUGGGAACAGCAUCUAGUGCUGGUACACUGCCUGUCACUUUCCGGUGCCUCGAGGACAACCUAGGCAUCGAUAAGAGGGUGACGCGGUUCGUGCUCCCCGUUGGCGCAACCAUCAACAUGGAUGGGACGGCUCUUUAUGAGGCUGUGGCAGCCAUUUUCAUCGCCCAAAUGAAUGGGAUAGUUCUUGAUGGGGGUCAGAUUAUCACUGUCAGUCUGACUGCCACCCUGGCCAGCAUAGGGGCAGCGAGUAUUCCCAGUGCUGGACUUGUGACUAUGCUUCUUAUCUUGACUGCUGUGGGCCUCCCUACUCAGGACAUCAGUCUGCUGGUGGCUGUUGAUUGGCUUCUCGAUCGGUUUCGAACAUCAGUCAACGUGGUGGGUGAUUCCUACGGGGCGGGCAUCGUGUACCACCUCUCCAAAGCAGAGUUGGAUACCUUGGACGCCCAUGUGCAGUCAGAUGACAUUGAAAUGGUCAAAACCCAAUCCUAUUAUGAUGACAUCAAGAACCAUCGUGAAAACAGCUCCAACCAGUGCAUUUAUGCUGGUCACAACUCAGUUCGAGUAGAUGAAUGCAAGGUAACCUUGGCCACAAAUGACUGAAUUGAGGAGUACACAGUUGUUGGGGAGGGACCCUGGCAAUGUGAUUCAUAGCCCCAAGCUUCCACAACUGGUGAAAUAAAACCAUAAGAUCAAUAAUAACUAAAAUUAAAUAAACUAGUUUUUAGGUGGUAGCUUUUAUUUUUCAUGAUAAUAACUAAUCAGCUCUUAGUUUUUAAUUAAUCUGAUCUUAAUGAAUAACAAACUAAUUUUUUACCAGAUAAAAUACUAAUGUGGCUGUUACUGUGUAGACUUAGAGUGCUGUAGAUAGCAACAAGUGCAACCCAAGCAUUCCUGCAUUCGACUCCUGUGAAUUGAAUGUUGAAUAUUUUAAUUGUCCAUGCUCACAAACACGUCUGUGAUGAAAAUGCCCAGACACAUGGUGGUGAUAGUCUGGUGCUGCUGUAAUAGCUAUCCCCAUCUGGAGAUGCCUUCUGCUGUGUUUGAAAGCCUUUUCCUCCCAUCAACCUAAAUGUGGACCCUGGUUAAAGAUGUAGCAGCAAAAUGAGAGGGUAGAGAUCAAGCACGGUGAAAUCUAACCAGAGGCCAAUUGAUGUCCUAGUCUUUCUGCAAGUUAAAGCACAGUGUGUCUGAUGACUGAGCAUCCCCAUCAUUAGAUUACUUUGAGGAAAUUCUCCAGAUUUACUGUUAGGGUUUGAAUGUUGUGUUUAGUCAUGCACAUGGAUGAGAGCCAUUUUGUCAUCUCACAACUCUCAGAACUUUCUGAAAUGUCAUCUCAAUACUUUAGAUAACCACCCACUGUAUGAUGGAUGACCGGGACAAAAAGACAAGACCUCAUAUUGACAAAUCUGUAUGAAAAAUUAAAUAAUUUGUGAGUGGAAUACUGUAGAAUUACAAUGUAUAGAACAUAUAUGCACUAUGUAUAGUUUCCCUAAAUAUUGCAUUAUUAAAUUGCACAUUUAAGGGCACUGAACACUGAAAUUACACAAUUUGGGGACUUCAUUCAUUUCACUGUGACCCAUUUUUAAAUUAAAGCUAUUUCUUUAGAGUGUAUCUUAAAUGAAGGACAGAAUUUCUCUUCGAUUUCUCAACUUUUAAAAUGUUUUAUGUCUCUUUUAUGACUCGCAGUGUUGAGAAGACUAACCAAUAAAUAAAAUGCAAAGUGGCAAACACAUACCAACACACACA